AAGAACAAGACUUUCAACCCACUCAUCAUUUACAUCUCUUUUACAAACUCUUUAAUUCAACUUCUUCCCAUCUCUCUCCCAAUCUCUCUCCCAAUCUCUCUCCAUCUCUCCCCAUGAAACUCCAUGGCAACGAGGUGCUUCCCUCAGGGAAAUCCUACACCCUCCACAAAAUCCUAGCCAUAGUCAUCACUCUCGUCCUUCUCACAGUCAUUCCCCUCAUAUACAAUCUCAUCAACUACUCUCUAUUUCUCCACAACACCACCUCCCCCACCUCCCCUUCUUCUCCAUACUCCAAUGCCAUUCAACAACAAGACGAGUGCGACAUUUUCACCGGCGAAUGGGUCCCAAACCCCAACGCCCCUUACUACACAAGCUCCUCUUGUUGGGCCAUUCACGAGCACCAAAACUGCAUGAAAUAUGGAAGGCCCGACGGCGGCUUCAUGCAAUGGAGAUGGAAGCCCGACGCCUGCGACCUCCCCAUUUUCAACCCUUCCCAGUUUCUUGACCUCAUGAGAGACAAGUCCUUGGCUUUUGUUGGUGACUCCGUUGGAAGAAACCAAAUGCAAUCCUUGAUUUGCCUCCUUUCACCCGUGGAAUAUCCGAAGGACGUGUCGUACACGUCGGAUGAGAAUUUCAAGAGGUGGAAAUACACCACCUAUAAUUUCACCAUGGCCAGUUUCUGGACGCCUCAUCUCAUCAAAGCCGCCAUGGGAGACUCUAACGGCCCCACCAAAACUGGCCUCUUCAAUCUCUACUUGGACGAGUACGACCAGGAGUGGACCACUCAGAUUGAUGAGUUUGACUACAUCAUCAUCUCCGGCGGCCACUGGUUCUUCCGCCCUAUGGUUUUCUACGAGCGCCACCGUAUCGUCGGCUGCCAUUACUGCCUCCUUGAAAAUGUCACCGAUCUCGGGAUGUACUACGGCUACCGAAAGGCCUUCCGAACGGCUUUCAAGGCCAUAAACAGCCUGGAGAAUUUUAAAGGAACGACGAUUUUGAGAACCUUUGCGCCCUCGCAUUUCGAGAAUGGGCUUUGGAAUCAAGGCGGAAAUUGCUUGAGGACGAGACCUUUCCGAAGCAACGAGACGCAAUUGGAAGGUCAUAAUCUGGAGCUCUACAUGAUUCAGAUGGAGGAAUUCAAGAUCGCGGAAAGGGAAGGGAGAAAACGAGGGCGGAAAUUUAGGGUUCUUGAUACGACGCAGGCUAUGCUGCUGAGGCCGGACGGACAUCCUAGCAGGUAUGGGCAUUUGGCGAGUGAAAAUGUGACAUUGUAUAAUGAUUGUGUGCAUUGGUGUUUGCCUGGCCCCAUUGAUGCUUGGAGUGAUUUCUUGCUUGAGAUGUUGAAGAUGGAAGGGAUUAGAUCAGCCAGGGAUGGGCUACAGUUUGGUUAGAAGGAGAAAGGAGUUUUUUCUUUAUGAUCAUUUUCUCUCUUCUUAAAUUCAUGUUCUUGCUGUUCUUGUUGUUUUGUGAUUUGUAUAUUUGUAUCAUUGUUGAUUAUUGAGCUUUAUGCAUUUAUAAUUUGUGUCUAAAGUUGAAUUAGACAUGGUGAAAGAAGUCAUAAAGAGCACAAUUUAAGCAAGUUAAGUACUUUUUUGUUUGUUUGCU